AUGGAUCUUAUUCAAGAAACUCAUUCAAAUACAUGUGGACAGUGCGAAACGCGUUUUGAACAAAUUACAAUAACCGCAUUUCAGCGUCUCACUGCUAUUCCUAAUUAUGGUUGUUCGGAUGAUGAUUGGCUCGCAGCAAGUCCAACACCAACUGGUCAUAUUGCACUCGUUCAAGGAGGUGAUUGUAAUUUUGCUGAAAAAAGUAUGGUUGCCGCAAAGUACCAUCCAGUUGCACUUCUAUUUUACAAUGAUGCUACCUCUCCACAACCAAUCAUCUUCAGUCUCGCUCAGACGAAUGAACUACCAGCACUAUUUCUCUCGUAUUAUCUCGGUCAAACUCUAGCUAAUGCAGCUCGAAAUCCAUCGAUGAAUGCCAGCGUUCAUAUAAAUAUCAAUGUUAUGAACAAUGGUACGUUUCCAGUGGGUAAUAUUUGUGCUGAUACACCAACCGGAGAUGUAACUCAGACGAUUGUAAUCGGAAGUCAUAGUGACAGCGUGACAGCUGGGCCAGGAAUUAAUGAUAAUGGUAGCGGUAGUGCAGCCAGUCUAGCCCUAGCGGUUACACUAGCACGUCUCUUUCAAACGACAAAUUAUGCUAAAUACAAGUAUCGUAUUCGAUUCUGUUGGUGGGGUGCUGAAGAGCUCGGUCUUCUUGGUUCAGUGUAUCAUGUAGCACAAGCACAAAACUCGAGUAUUGUUGGCGAACGUAUCACUGACUAUUUGAUCAAUCUCAACUUUGACAUGUUGGGAUCACCUAAUUACAUGUUUGGUAUUUAUGAUGGAAGUACAAUUGAUAAUGCUACAACUUCACGCUCAGCCAUUCCAGGUAGCAAUAGAGUUUCUGCCUUGUUUCGUGAUUGGUUCAUUCGACAAAAGCUGCCCUGGGAUUACACAGCGUUCAAUGGUCUAAGUGAUUAUGCCCCAUUUUUGACAGCCGGUGUUGUCGCAGGUGGUCUGUUUUCCGGUGCAGAUGAUUUCAAAACGAAAGAACAACGCGAUCGCUAUGAUGCAAUACUUGGACAAGGUCAAGGUGGUACUGCAGAUGCCAGUCAAGAUCCUUGUUAUCAUAAGGCAUGUGAUUCCAUUCAGAAUAUCAAUGUUGCUGGCUACGAAAAGAUGGUUCAAGCAGCUGCGUAUGUUAUCGAAUUCUUGGCUCGACAAACUGAUUUGAAAGCAUGGCUCUACCCAUCGACUACAAUUUGA